CCGGCCUCUUAGAGGCACCCUUGGGACGGGCGUAUCCCUAUGUCGGGCCCUUUGGGCCCGAAUUAAACGGGUAGGUCCCAUCGGGCCGCCCACCCCUCCCGGUGACGCUGUAAAAGCCAAUAGGGCUAACAGCUACUGUCAACUCGAAAAAAAAAUCAGACGAUUUUACACACGGAACGACACGCGCGCGCAACGCUAUCGUUCGGAACGUUCGAAAUCGUAAAGAAGUGAAGAAGAAAUAAUAAUAAUCGCAACGACUACAUCAUCAUGACCGGUCGCGGUAAAGGAGGAAAGGGUCUGGGAAAAGGUGGAGCCAAGCGACACAGGAAAGUACUCCGUGAUAACAUCCAGGGUAUCACCAAACCGGCCAUACGUCGUCUGGCACGCAGAGGCGGCGUCAAACGUAUCUCCGGUCUGAUAUACGAAGAGACCAGAGGCGUUCUCAAAGUAUUCCUAGAGAACGUCAUCCGCGACGCCGUCACGUACACCGAGCACGCGAAGAGGAAGACCGUCACAGCCAUGGACGUCGUGUACGCCCUGAAGCGACAGGGACGCACCCUAUACGGUUUCGGCGGUUAAACGUUCGGCGUGUCUAUACGUAUAUAACCGGCUCCCGACUACGUGAUAUAAAGCAGAAGAGGA